AUGCCACGCCGUCGCCCCUAUAUCGCCGGGGACUUUGAUAGAUAUUUCGGAAACGUAAGCGAUCUACGAAAUUGGCAGCAAUUAUGCGCGGAUGUGAAAAUUCCUGGGGCGUGGCAUUUGAGGAGUAUUAACGCUUGUAGAAAGGUGGGUUUGAUUGUUGUUUUUGUUGUUUGGGAAGAGAAGAUGGGUUGUGAUUGGGAUUGGAGUUGGGAUUUUGCGCUCGCCAAUGUCCACGUCAAUAUCUGUCAACUAUUGGAAUCAUAUCAGACCGGCGUCCCAGUGCGCAUUUUUCCAGAUAGGGAUAGGCUUCUUGCGUAUACGAUCGAAAAGCGUAUGUUUUAUCCAUUGAGUGAGGCGAAGAGAGGGGGACCGGUUAGGGGAUUACUUUUUAAGAGGGGAUAG